CUGAUACGCAUCCGCAUCGCAUCGCUCAAGCGCUCGGAGAACAGAGGAUACAGGGAUGAUGAUAAACAUACAAAGAACUGUGUCACACAGAGAGCAUCUGUCUCGGCUUUGAAAGCGUUAUUUACGCCGCAACCUGGCAAGGGAUGCUGACCAUGGAAAGAGAGGCAGCCUUGUAAAAGGACCACAGUUUCUGGGACGCAAAGAGCAGCUUGUGUCUGCAGACAAAACAACGACCGUGGGACUCUGUAGGAAGCUUUUUGGGCAUUAAGAGCACAAACUAAUCCUGUGCAUGGUAAAAAAUCUAAAAGCUAAGAGCAAACAACGGGUAUUUUUGCAUGAAGAAGAAGAUGUUUGGGUUAAAGAAGACGUCGCUGCAGUAGGAUUGCAAUCAUUUGGUGUAAUUUUAAUUGUUGACUGUAUGAAAUGGGAGCUUUGACAAGCCGUCAGAAUGCCGGAGUGGAGGAGGUCGAUAUCCCGUCCAAUUCUGUUUACAGAUAUCCACCCAAAACCGGGAGUUAUUUUGCUAGCCAUUUUAUUAUGGGAGGAGAGAAGUUUGAUUCAACUCAUCCUGAAGGCUACCUCUUUGGUGAAAACACUGACCUCAACUUCCUUGGCAAUAGACCAGUAGUGUUUCCGUACAAUGCUCCACCUCCUCAAGAGCCAGUCAAGACCCUCCGCAGUCUCAUCAACAUCCGCAAAGACACUCUACGACUUGUCCGAUGUAGUGAAGACAUGAAGCUGCCUGGACAGGAUGUUGGAAAAAGCCACAGUUGCUACAAUAUUGAGUUUACCUUUGAUGCCGACACACAAGUUGCCAUCACUAUAUACUACCAAGCCAUUGAAGAGUUUCACAAUGGUGUGCCAAUAUACUUGCCGCAGGACAGCUCUCUGCAGUCAGAAACGGUGCAUUUCAAACGUGGCGUCUGCCAACAGUUCUGUUUGCCCUCUCAUUAUGUCAACUUAUCAGAGUGGGCAGAUGAGGAGCUUAUGUUUGACAUGGAUAAAGACAUCUUCCCCAUGGUUGUACAAGCAGUAGUGGAUGAGGGAGAUGAGCACUUGGGACAUUCCCAUGUUCUUCUCGCAACCUUUGAAAAGCACAUGGACGGAAGUUACUGUGUGAAGCCUCUGAAACAGAAACAAAUGGUGGAUGGUGUUAGUUACCUGUUGCAGGAAAUAUAUGGCAUAGAGAACAAAUACAACAGUCAAGAAUCAAAGGUUGCUGAAGAUGAGAUUAGUGACAACAGCGCUGAAUGUGUGGUGUGUUUGUCGGAUGUGCGGGACACACUUAUCCUACCCUGCAGACACCUGUGCCUGUGCAACGCCUGCGCAGACACACUGCGUUACCAGGCCAACUGUUGCCCCAUCUGUCGACUACCGUUUCGUGCCCUUCUUCAGAUCCGAGCGAUGAGGAAAAAACUGAACCCACUCACCCCAACUGGAUUCAAUCCUGUCAUCACUUCACAGACCUCAGACUCAGAGGAGCACUCGGCAUCAGAGCACAUCCCACCUGGUUAUGAAGCUGUGUCCUUGUUAGAGGCCUUGAAUGGGCCCUUGAACCCAUCUCCAUCUGCUCCUCCACUUGAGGGCCUCACCAGGGGCCAUGUUUCGGGAUCUGUGCCCACAUAUGACAGUGAUAGCCACCACACACCCGCUCGCUCCCUCUCUCCACUAGAACACUCUGUCAACUCCAGCCAGAAUGUGAAACACAAGAAGAGUGGCUCUAAAUCUCUCUCUCAGAAUUCUUCAGUGCUGCCAGAGGAGGAGGAUGAGAAGUCAUGCAGUGAGUCUGAGGUGCAAACGUGCAGGAGAAAAUUGCAUGCAGAACAGCAAGAGUCUGGAGUGACCCCAGAAAGUGACAACCUCACCCUGUCAUCCUCGGGGGCCAUAGAUCAGUCUUCCUGCAACGGGACCCCUCUCUCCUCCACUAUCACCUCCCCAGAGGACCCAGUUAGCAGCAGUCUGGCCCAGUCUGUGAUGUCAAUGGCGUCAUCUCAUAGCCAGCACUCUCAGAUCAGCACUGACACACUAUCUUCCAUGUCUGGCUCCUACAUGGCUGGGGCAGAGGGAGAAGAGCCCCCUGAGACCCCAGCAGAGAGCAGGGCCGCUUCCCAGCAUGAGGGUGAGGAAAUGCCCAAUGAGCCAAAAAACUUUGUGGCUGUCAUUCUUGAAGAACAGGAUUCAGAGGGAAAUGAUGUUACUGAGGAAGAUUGUGGAUCUCCCACCAAAGAACAGGGUGGGCGCAGGAGGAGCGAGGUGCCUUGUCCAGAGUUUGACAAUAACAAUCAUGGGCAGUCUGACACCCACUGUAUGACAGGCCUGGACAAUGAGCAGCCUCCUGAUGGCCGAUUCGCUGGUCUGUUAUACCUUGACGUCUAUCGUCAUGGACGGGGUCCUUUGGCUCACCAUGCGUCCACCAGCAACAUCAACCUGGAGGAUCAGGGGGUCACCAAUGAGGUGCCAAACCCUAAGAACAAACCUCAUCAUGGACCCCUAGCUGUGUAAAAUUCUCUGUUAGCCUCUCUGCUGUCCUCAGCCAAUCAGACACAGACCUACACCUCUCCUAAGAGAGAUAUCUGCCUCUGUCUUCAUCCCAUCUAUACCCAAACUUGUGUCCACACAAAGUCAGACUUUAGAAAUCUCCUGAUUUAAAGGGUCUUGAAGGAUGGACUGUGGUUUCCCCUUUCCAUUGUGAUAGAUGUCGUGUUUUUAGCACUCUUUUGGUGUUGAUACUUAUGUAAAGCACCACGUUUACACCAACGCUCCACCCCCUCAUGUGUAGAGAUGGAGGGAUGACUCAAGCAGCUCUCCUGAUGAAAGCCUGAAAAACUAGGACACAGUACAGACUCCAACCUCUGAUCCGAGCAGCAUUUCUUCUCUCUUAGAGAGAUGUCUAAUUUCAUGUCAGGGCUGUGUGACUAUGCUGAGUGAAUGCUCAGAUAAACAUGUUUUAGCACUGUGCUAUAAUUUCAUUAAUAAUUUUUUACGCAUAUAAACACUUUUAUUUGAAUCAUCAUAAAAAUUCUGUUAUCUGAAUUAACUGCCCCCUUGGGACUUUCCUCAUUAAUGUCACUCUACAUUUGCAUGAAUCUCCUUCUGGAUAACUGCCCACAAUGAACUACAUUUUCAGAUAUAUUAAUGAAGUUAAAAGUGAAUUCAUGUUCACAACCCCUUUAUUCUACUGUAAUGUUACACAUUUCUGAGUGAAACAGGAUAUUUAACUUGAUUUUAAUCAUCAGGAAUUGAUUGGAUUUUGAAAGGUGGGCUUUCCAGAGUAAAGCCAGACCUGAAUGCGAGUUUUGCUAAAACUAUUAUCAUUAUCCAAUAUCCUGUGACAUCAGCAAAAAAAGGAAAGACAUUUCAGAGCAAGCAAGUUAUUAGAUUUUGAUUAAGACAUUUAUUUUGUAUUUGGUAUAUUAAUCGUUCUCAAUAAUAUCAGGAACGUGCAAUGAAAGUAAACAGUCAAUUUUGAUUUCAUGUUGAUCUUAAGUUUGCUGUAUCGCCAUCAUUUCAAUAAUCAACUCAAAACCUCAAUUGUUACUUUGCCUAAUUUAUAUUUAAAUUGCCAUAAUCAAUCCAUAACAAGAUGAACUUCAGAGCAAUAACACAUGUUUGCUCACAUGUCUGCCCUUGUCAGUUUGCUGCAGCUCAUUUUGAGCUAUAUGUACAGCCCUGCAUGUUUAAAAGACUCAAAGCUACUGAGCUGCCUAACCUGCGUUACACAUCAUUCUGGCCACGGAGAAGCUACUGAACUGCUUACUGUAGAGCCUUCUGAAACAUUUUGUACAAGGGAAAUUUUUGGGAAAACCUGCUGAUGAGGUCCACAUCUGUGGUUGCACCUCAAAUUGCUACUGGUAUAUUAAAUGUCACAAAGCUAAUGUCAAGCUCUUUGUUCAUUGUUUAAAAAACAAUUAUCAAUCAUCUUUUAGGGACAGUCUAGCAUAUACAGUAUAUAUAUAUAUAUAUAUAUAUAUAUAUAUAUAUAUAAACACAGUGUUGGGUGUAAUCCAGUUGCAUA